AUGUGUUUAUCACAGUCUGUAAAGAACAAAAUGGAAUUCAAUAGCUGUAUGUUAGAUGAUGCUUACAUAGAUGGACUAGGUAAUCGAUUUUGUAUUGAUCCCAAACUAGUCUCACUUUCUGAAGGAUCUUUAGAUGAUUGUUUUUCUUUUAGAGAUUACAAAAAACAGAAUGACACAGGGACUGAAGAAUGCGGUUCGCCACAUGCAAAGGCUCAGGAACAGUCUAUGACUGACGUUGAAAUUAUGGCCCCAACACGCAAACUCAAACCGAAAUCGAAAGAAUACAAGAAAUACUCGAAGAACGUCAAGGAGAGAUUCUGGCACGAUAUUAUCGAAGAAGGUUACUCUGCUUAUUCUGCGGCCAAAAAGCACGGGAUAAAUCUUCAAACAGCUUAUCUGUGGAAGAGGAAUUGGAAUAAACAAAUCUAUUUGGCAAAUCAGGGCUUGGAAGAGCCUUCGAAAAAGCGUGGACGUAAACCUUUACUAAAUAAGAAGCACAUGGAGCUCAUGAAUUCUUUAGUAGAAGAUGAUGCCUCUGUCACAUUAGAUUCUAUGUUAGAAAGUCUCAGACUUAACUUCUCUAACUUGGAGGUCAGUGCUACGACCAUGCACAGUUUUGCUACAAAAGUGUGUAACUUAAGUGUCAAGCGAAUCUCCAAGUGGCCCGCUAGAAGCAGUCUGGAGUUUAUAAAAGGACUAAGAUACCAGUGGGCAAAGGAAUACGGAGACAAACUCAAUUUCAGUGACAACUGCAUAUUCAUUGAUGAAGCAGGCUUUAAUCUCAGCACGAGAAGAGAAUACGGUUGGUCUUCUGUUGGAGAAAAAGCGAUGGUGAAUUCUCCUAUAAUCGGGGGUCUAAACAUAUCGUUUAUAGGAGCAAUAUCUUCUCAUGGCUGUAUAAGUUUGAAGGUUAGACACCCCCAAGGAUUAGUAGAUGGUAAAAAGGGAAAAUUAGACACAGAUGCCACCAGCAGUAAACUGAAUCCCAUUGGAACUACUGCGGGCCACUUCUAUGAUUUUGUCCAAUCAGUCAUGGAACAAAAAAAUCAAUCGGAAGAACUUCGUAAUUUGAAGUACUUAAUCCUUGAUGAUGCUUCCAUUCAUAAACGGCACUAUAUCCAAUUAUUGGUAGCUCUGAGUGAUUUGGAGUUGGUAUUUUUACCACCUUACUCGCCUUGUUUGAAUGCCAUGGAGGAAUUUUGGGCAGUAUGUAAAUCCAAAGUCAAGAAAGCGAAAGUAGAAAAGAAAGAAGGACUCAAUUUAGCGGUCUGUGAGUCAGUCAAUCUGAUAUCCAUUGAAAGCUAUGAAGGAUUUUGCAGACAUGCCGGCAAAUACAUAGAAUACUGCUUGGAUCGCCAAUCAUUUUAG